CCCGCCCCAUCCUUCCGGCCUCCCAACUCCGGCUUUGUGAAAUUUCUCUUGGUUCAUAGAGCCUGAUAGAUCCAGAGAGACAGAGGCAGUGGAGGAAAGGAGAACCUGGCAAAAGCUGACGGAGGGACUGAGAGAAGGGAAGAGCCCACCGAGGGAAAGAGACUUGGAGAGAAAGCCGGAGGUGGGAAGUGAGUGAGGCGCAUGGGAGCCAGGGGAUUAGGGCAGACCAAUGAAGAGAGCCAUCCAGAGUGUGGGGAAAUGGGGUGCGAUGAAGAGAUGGUGCAGCUGGAAAACAGCAAAGAGAACCGAAAAGACCGUGUCGAGUUGAAAAACGGAGAGAUAAAGCCAGACCACGGAGAAAAACAGGAAUAGGAGCCUGACUCCCUAGAUUUGAAUUCAUUGUCUCACUAUGUACUUAACAUGUCGUUGGCCCAGUACAAUAGGGAGUAUAAUAGCACCUUUUAAAAAAGAUUUAUUUAUUCAUGAUAGAGAGAGGCAGAGACACAGGCAGAGGGAGAAGCAGGCUCCAUGCAGAGAGCCUGACAUGGGACUUGAUCCUGGGUCUCCAGGAUCACGCCCUGGGCCAAAGGCAGGCACUAAACCACUGAGCCACCCAGGGAUCCCAGGUUUAUUUGUUUUAGAGGGGGAGGGGCAGAGGGCGAGGGAAAGAGAGCAUUUCAAGCGGUGCAGAGCUUGAUGACCCUAAGAUCAUGACCUGAGCUGAAACCUAGAGUCAGAUGCUCAACUGGCUGGGCCACUCAGGCUCCCUGGAUAGUAGCACCUUCUUAACAUGAGGAAAGUGUAGAUGUGUGUAUGUAUGUAGUUGUGCAUGUAAAUAGACCUGUGAUUUAGAAUAGUACCUGACACGUGAGGAGCGCUGUUAGCUAUUAAAGCAUCAGACAACUGGGAGACAAGAUAUUAGGUGGAGAAAUGGAGAUGAAUAGUCAUGAUGGAGGGAGAGGCAGUGAUGGAGACUGGGAACUGGAGAGACAAAAGUAGAGCGUCAGAAAAAAAACGACUGAACGAGCAAAUGAGAGGGCUGACAAGGAAUAGAGACGGAGGGUUGGAGAGAAUCUCAGACCUGAAGAUAAGAGAAACAGGAGAGACGGGACCAGAGUAUGAAAGGGAAGAGGGCUGAGCAUGGUUAGCUGAAAGACACAGGCUGAGGCAUAAAGAUGACAGCCAGAGAGGGGAGAGCUCAGGGAGCAGGGACAACCUCUGCAAGCUGCCACCAAGAGACCCAGAAAUGGUCAGAGAUGCUGUUACAGAGAAAUGAGGGGACCCAGGAAGUCUACAAGGUAGCCCAAGAGAAGAGGCCCCCUUGAGAGCCAUGAUGUGUGGUCAGUUGGGCCGACAUGGGUACCUAAGCCGCUGGGAGGUAUGCUCUUCAUUUCAUUCCCAAUCCUUUUCUCAGGAUCCUGGGCUCAGUAUCAACAGUCUUCUAGGGCCUCUUCCUCUUAACUGCCUCCCCUGCAACAGGAGUUCCCUGGGAAGCCACUCUAGCAUCACCCAGCCUGUGUUUACCAGAAAGUGAUGUGCAUAGGCCACUGCUCCCAUGAGAAACCGCUCCACCAGCUCACAGGCAUUCAGGGCCUGAAAGGCCAGGAUGGACUGAUGUUUGCCCCAGAGAUCAUUCCAGGAGUCAUGAGGUGCCUUGUGUGUUGCCAGCUUUGAGCUGGGCCCCUGAGCACUUGCUCUGUCAUUGCCUGUGGUUGUCCUGUACCAUUGAUGAAGAGAAAGAUUGUAUCUUUGCGGAGAAGAGUGGUUCCUUAUUGCAGGCACUGACCUCUCACUGUGACUCUGAGACAGCACUGUGACCACCCCCAGCAUGCCUCCUCCCAGAACAAAGGAGGGCAGGGAUCGCCGAGGCCGACACUGGGACCCCAGUGAGGAGGAGGCCCCUGAGAAAUGGGACUGGAAUUGUCCAGAGACACGUCACCUUUUCGAGGAUGCCUUUUUCCGUGAAGAGGAUUAUAUCCGCCAGGGUUCUGAGGAGUGCCAGAAGUUCUGGAGCUUCUUUGAACGUUUGCAGAGAUUCCAGAAUCUCAAGACCGCCAGGAAGGGGGAGAAAGACCCUGUGCCACCCAAGCACAGUGUCCCAGCACUGGCUGACCUACCUCGCACUUACGAUGCCCGCUACCGCAUCAACCUCUCUGUCCUGGGCCCCGACACUCGGGGCUCUCGGGGGCUGGGCAGGCAGCCCCCAGAGAGAGUGACUGAGUUCCGCCGAGCACUGCUGCACUACCUGGACUUUAGCCAGAAGCAGGCAUUUGGGCGGUUGGCCAAACUGCAGCAUGAGCGCGCAGCGCUUCCCAUCGCCCAGUAUGGGAACCGCAUCUUGCAGACGCUGAAGGAGCACCAGGUGGUGGUGGUGGCAGGUGACACGGGCUGUGGCAAGUCCACCCAGGUGCCCCAGUACCUACUGGCUGCUGGCUUCAGUCACGUGGCGUGCACCCAGCCCCGGCGGAUUGCCUGCAUCUCCCUGGCCAAGCGUGUCAGCUUCGAGAGCCUCAGUCAGUAUGGCUCACAGGUUGGUUACCAGAUCCGCUUUGAGAGCACGCGUACGGCAGCCACCAAGAUCGUGUUCCUGACGGUGGGGCUGCUCCUGAGGCAGAUCCAGCGGGAGCCCAGCCUGCCCCAGUACCAGGUCCUGAUAGUGGACGAGGUCCACGAGCGGCACCUCCACAAUGACUUCCUUCUGGGAGUCCUCCGGCGCCUGCUGCCCAAGCGGCCUGACCUCAAGGUCAUCCUCAUGUCGGCCACCAUCAACAUCUCGCUCUUCUCCAGCUACUUUGGCACGGCGCCCGUGGUGCAGGUGCCCGGGAGGCUGUUCCCCAUCACGGUCGUGUACCAGCCACAGGAGGCAGAGCCAGUGGCGUCCAAGUCGGAGAAGCUGGACCCUGGGCCUUUCCUGAGGGUGCUGGAGGCCAUCGACAAUAAGUACCCACCCGAGGAACGGGGCGACCUCCUCGUCUUCCUCAGUGGCAUGGCGGAGAUCAGCUCAGUACUCGAGGCUGCCCAGACCUAUGCCAGCCGCACCCAGCGCUGGGUGGUGCUGCCGCUGCACAGUGCCCUUUCUGUGGCCGACCAGGACAAGGUAUUCGAUGUGGCCCCCCCUGGAGUUCGGAAAUGCAUCCUCUCCACCAACAUUGCUGAGACCUCUGUCACCAUUGAUGGGAUCCGCUUUGUAGUUGAUUCUGGGAAGGUGAAGGAGAUGGGUUAUGACCCGCAGGCCAAGCUGCAUCGGCUCCAGGAGUUCUGGAUCAGCCAGGCUAGUGCCGAGCAGCGCAAGGGCCGGGCAGGCCGCACGGGCCCUGGCGUCUGCUUCCGCCUCUAUGCUGAAUCGGACUAUGAUGCCUUCGCCCCUUACCCUGUUCCGGAGAUUCGGAGGGUAGCCCUGGACACACUGGUGCUGCAGAUGAAGAGCAUGAGCGUGGGGGACCCUCGAACCUUUCCUUUCAUCGAGCCCCCGCCACCAGCCAGCCUGGAAACGGCCAUCCUCUACCUCCAGGACCAGGGGGCUCUGGACAGCUCCGAGGCCCUCACCCCUAUCGGGUCCCUGCUGUCCCAGCUGCCAGUGGACGUCGUGAUUGGGAAGAUGCUGAUCCUGGGCUCCAUGUUCCACCUGGCGGAGCCCGUGCUCACCAUAGCGGCCGCCCUCAGUGUCCAGUCACCCUUCACCCGCAGUGCCCAGAGCAACCCCGAGUGUGCCGCAGCGCGGCGGCCCCUGGAGAGUGACCAGGGGGACCCCUUCACGCUCUUCAACGUCUUCAACGCCUGGGUGCAGGUAAAAUCUGAACGGAGCAGAAACUCACGCAAGUGGUGCCGCCACCGGGGCAUAGAGGAGCACCGGCUGUACGAGAUGGCCAACCUGCGGCGCCAGUUCAAGGAGCUGCUGGAGGACCAUGGCCUGCUGGCCCGGGCGCAGGCCCCGACACCAGGGGACAGCUACCAUAGGUUGCAGCAGCGCCGCGAGCGCCGGGCGCUGUACCGCCUGAAGCGCCAGCACGAGGAGGGAGGGGGGCGCCGGCGCAAGGUCCUGCGGCUGCAGGAGGACUUGGAUGGCUGCUCCAGCGAUGAGGACCGGGGGGCCGGCGACAGCGUGGACAUCCAGGACGUGAAGUUCCAGCUGCGGCACAGCCUGGACCAGCUGCAGGCAGCCACCAGCUCCGCCCAGGACCUGACACGGGACCAAAUGGCCCUGCUCAAGCUGGUGCUGGGUCGGGGCCUCUACCCGCAGCUCGCUGUCCCGGACCCGUUCAACAGCAGCCGCAAGGACUCGGACCAGAUUUUCCACACACAGUCCAAGCAGGGCACUGUGCUGCACCCCACCUGCAUCUUUGCCAACAGCCCUGAGGUGCUGCAUGCACAGGAGCAAGAAGCCAGGGGCAGCGAAGGGAGUCGAGAUGACAAGGACAAGAUGAGCAGCAAGCACCAGCUCCUCACCUUCGUCUCCCUGCUGGAGACCAACAAACCAUACCUGGUGAACUGCGUCCGCAUCCCCGCUCUCCAGUCCCUCCUGCUCUUCAGCCGGUCCCUGGACACCAAUGGUGACUGCUCGCGCCUGGUGGCCGAUGGCUGGUUGGAGCUCCAGCUUGCGGAUAGUGAGAGUGCCGUCCGGCUUCUGGCAGCUUCUGUGCGGCUCCGGGCCCACUGGGAAAGCACCCUGGACCAGCAGCUGGCCCGGCAGGCCCGGCGGCGGGGGCCGGGGGUGGACCAAGAGGAGGAGGAGGCUCCAGUGGACCCCAAGGAGGUGGCACACCUGAGCAGGGACCUGCUGCAGUUCGUGGCGUCCAAGGUUCCCUACAGCCUCCGGCGGCUCACAGGGCUGGAAGUCCAGAACCUCUAUGUGGGACCCCAGACCAUCACAGCUGCACCCAGUCUCCCCGGCCUCUUCGGCAGCUCUGCCCUGUCCCCCCACCCCACCAAAGGGGGCUAUGCGGUCACGGACUUUCUCACCUACAACUGCCUCACAAGCGACACAGACCUGUACAGCGACUGUCUCCGCACCUUCUGGACCUGCCCCCACUGCGGCCUGCACAUGCCCCUGACGCCCUUGGAGCGCAUCGCCCACGAGAACACGUGCCCAGAGGCCCCACAGGACGCCCCCCCAGAGGCUGAGGAUACUGCCCCCGAGCCCCUCCCCAAGGCGUCUGCCUUGCAGAGGCCCUACCACUGUGAGGCCUGCCAGAAGGACUUUCUGUUCACGCCCACGGAGGUGCUGCGGCACCGCAGACAGCACAUGUGAGCCCGGAGCCCCGCCUGCCCCCCCUGAACCCGCACCCUGGGCUCAGAGCUCUGGUCUGGCCCACCUGUCAAGGAGGGAGUGUGGAAAUGUGAAUAAAGUCUCAUCGGCUGA